AAGAGAGCAUGUGAAUCAAAGGAACUAGACCUGAGCAAGGCAAGGGGAAAGUUUUGUAAGGCUGCUGAAAUGCAGGGGAGAGAAGAGCUGCUCCUUUAGGUGCCUGUGUUGAGAGCGGGAGAGGCUUCUGCUAGGAGCAAGGUGGGAGCCUGGCUUAAGGUGUGUGCAGAGAGUUAAAUGAAAACAGCCUGUGGCUGGGGAAUCUAGUGCAUCCUUAGAGAGGUGGACUUCUGUGUGCAAAGAGGAGCUCCCUUCCCUUUCUGUGUGCUGGAUUAUCUAUUGCUUUCUGAAGUGCUUGAGGACUCCAAACUGAGCAAGUCCACAUAGGGCUUCCCUGUUGGACAGAACCCAGAUCCUGUUAAGCCAUCAGCAGUGUGGGUCCUGUCAAGGCGCAAAUGCCAGAAGAAGUCUCCUCAGCAUUUUUCAAUGCUAACGAGCACAGCUAAGGAGCCAGGCUUGGUUCCUAGGAAAGCUUUGUGACAGCCUGUGUUCCAGUCACUUCCCCUGGACUCCAGGGACAAGAGAAACUUGCCUCAGCUGAACCUGUAUGGGAGGAAAUGUCCAAGAGUGAUACAUCUAUUUCUCGUGUGAGCCCCAGCAAGUCUCCAGCAGCAUUGCUCAUUGUAAGAAACAGAGAAACUGGCAACAUCAGGAAAUAGCAAUGAGCAUUUUUCUUUGAGGAACUGGAACUUGCCAGCCUGUCACUGGGGAAGGCUGUAACAUUUUCUAGGCACCCUUCAGAUCUGCCUUGCAAAGGAAAAGGGUGAUAGCAGCAAGAAUGGAGCUACACAUGUUGGCACAGUUGUUUGUUUUCACUCUGCAAGCAUCUUUGCUCACCUAUGGGAACAAACUGCAGCCCCUGGUGCCAAACGUUUGUACAGAGCAAGAGCUGGCAAUAGUGGGGCACCGGCAGCCAUGCGUGCAAGCCUUCACUCGGAUGGUCAAAGUGUGGAAGCAGGGCUGUGCAGGACAUCUGUGGUGCUUGGGCUAUGAACGAAGAACAACAUAUUACACGAGCUACAGACAAGUGUACACCAUGGAGUAUCAGACUGUGUACCGGUGCUGCCCAGGGUGGUCCCAGCUUGGAGAGGAUGCUGGCUGUUUUUACCCAGCUGCCUGCAGCUAUGGCGUUUGCUUCAAUGGAGGAAACUGCAUGGAAGGAUCUGCUCAGCUAUGUCAGUGCCCCUCUGGUUUCCAAGGAGCCCGCUGUCAGUAUGAUGUGAAUGAAUGUGAAAUAGAGAAUGGGGGUUGCGAGUCCCAGUGCUGCAACACUAUUGGCAGUUUCUACUGCAAGUGCUCCAGUGGCCUGAAGCUGAAGGAUGAUGGGAAGGCCUGUGAAGAUGUUGAUGAGUGCCAGGUUCACAAUGGGGGCUGCCAACAUAGAUGCGUGAACACCCUGGGGUCCUAUUACUGUGAGUGCAAGCCAGGCUUUCGUCUACACACAGAUGGCAGGACCUGCAUUGCCGUGAACACCUGUGCUGUCAACAAUGGUGGCUGUGAGCACAAUUGUCUGCAGCUGGCGUUAACUCAACACCGGUGCCAAUGCCGGCACAACUAUCAGCUGAAGGAGGAUGGCAAGCAUUGUAUCUUGAAGAGCCCAUGUGCUGAUCGAAAUGGAGGCUGCAUGCACAAAUGCCAGAAUCACCAUGGCAUGGCACACUGUGAGUGCCACCCUGGCUACCAGCUGGCAGCUGACAACAAGGCCUGUGAAGAUGUGAACGAGUGUGCAGCUGGACUGGCCAUGUGUGCACACAGCUGUCUCAACACUCGGGGCUCCUUCAAAUGCACUUGUAACCCUGGGUAUGAGCUGGGAGCAGAUGGCAAACAGUGCUACAGGAUAGAGAUGGAGAUCGUGAAUAGCUGUGAGGCCAACAAUGGUGGAUGUUCCCAUCUUUGCCGUCACACCAGCUCUGGUCCAGAGUGCACCUGUAACUUUGGUUACCAACUCGAUGAAGAUCAAAAAACUUGCAUUGAUAUUGAUGAAUGUGAAAGUGGCUCCCAUUGUUGUCAGCAGGACUGCAGCAAUUCUCCUGGUGGCUAUGAAUGCGUUUGCUCUGCUGGCUACAGGCUCCACACUAAUGGCUGUGGCUGUGAUGAUGUGGAUGAGUGCUCCUCAAACAAUGGUGGGUGUGAACAUACCUGUCAGAAUCAGGUAGGUUCUUUCCAGUGCAGCUGCCAGAUUGGCUACAAGUUGGAUGAAGACCGGAGGAGCUGUAUUUCUCUAGGUGACUCCAUAGAGGUUCUGGAUGGUCAGCGCCUCGUGAUGUACCCUCUCCCUCAUGUCGCCGUCCUGCGUGAUGAACUCACACAGCUCUUUGAGGAGGACUAUGAGUAUGAGGAAGAAGAGAUGGAAGCAAGAGGAGAGCACACGCUUUCAGAAAAAUUUGUUUGCUUGGAAGACACCUUUGGGAGUGACUGCAGCCUGACGUGUGACGACUGCAGAAACGGCGGGGCGUGCAAUGAGGAGCGCACUGGCUGUGACUGCCCGGAAGGCUGGAGUGGGAUCCUGUGCAAUCAGACCUGCCCUGAAGGUACCUUUGGUCGAAACUGCAACUUCACCUGCCGCUGUGAGAAUGGAGGCACAUGUGAUCCCAUGACGGGGACCUGCCGCUGCCCACCCGGGGUCAGUGGAGAACUGUGUGAGGAUGGCUGCCCAAAGGGCUUCUUUGGGAAACAGUGCAGGAAGAAAUGCAACUGUGCUAAUAGAGGCCGGUGCCAUCGGAUUUAUGGGGCCUGUCUCUGUGAUCCUGGCCUGUACGGGAGAUACUGUCAUCUAGCUUGUCCCAAGUGGGCUUAUGGCCCUGGCUGCUCAGAGGAAUGCCUUUGUGUGCAGCAAAAUACCCAGGACUGUGACAAGAAGGAUGGCACCUGUCGAUGCAAGCCUGGCUACCAUGGCAAAAGGUGUCAGACCAAGUGCGAUGCUGGCUAUUAUGGGAUUGGCUGCAAGAACAACUGUAACUGCCACCUUGGGGUGGCCUGUGACCACGUGAGUGGAGAGUGUCAGAAAGAAUGUCCUGCAGGCUUCUAUGGAGAGAACUGUGACCAAGGAUGCCCUGAAGGGAAGUUUGGUGUUAACUGUUUGCAGUCCUGCUCCUGUGGGAGUUCUCCUUGUGAUCAAGCUACUGGGAAGUGCCGCUGCCUGCCUGGCAAGACAGGACAUGACUGUGGCAGAGUCUGCCCUGAUGGCCACUGGGGAGUUGGCUGCCAGGAGAUCUGCCCUGAGUGUGAAAACAGUGCCAGCUGUGACCCUGCUACUGGUUCCUGCCUGUGCCCACCUGGAUAUAGGGGCAGCCGCUGUCAAGACAUGUGUCCGGCUGGCUGGUUUGGACAGGGCUGCCAGAUGAGAUGCAGCUGUGGGAACGACGGUCACUGCCACCCCAUGACAGGGAAAUGCAGCUGUGCCCCAGGCUGGACUGGGUAUAAUUGUAGAAGAGCCUGUGAUGCUGGCCACUGGGGCCUAGACUGUGCCAACACUUGCAACUGCAGCAACAGUGAUGGGAGCUGCAAUGUGGUGACAGGGAAGUGCAUCUGUGAAGCUGGCUACAUGGGCCCCCACUGUGACCAGAAGUGUCCUGAAGGAUGGUUUGGGUUGAACUGUCGACACCGCUGUCAGUGCGACAAUGGAGCCAUGUGUGACCAUGUCAGUGGGGCAUGUACAUGCAGCCCUGGCUGGAGAGGCACCUUUUGUGAGCAUGCCUGCCCCGAUGGGUUUUAUGGACUUGAGUGUCGGGAAACCUGCCCGUGUCUGAAUGGAGCCCACUGUGAUCACGUGACAGGGCGCUGCACAUGUCCAGCAGGCUGGCUUGGCCUGAGCUGUAACCAGACCUGUCAGGAUAACACAUAUGGAGAGAACUGCAGUCAGUUAUGCAGCUGCUUCAACAAUGCUUCCUGUGACCCCACGAGUGGGCAGUGUCUCUGUGCAGCUGGAUGGACAGGAGCCACUUGCCAGCAAGCCUGCCCGCAGGGUUUCUAUGGAGCCAGCUGCCACCAACGAUGUCUCUGUCAGAACGGUGGGACCUGUGACCAGGUCUCUGGGCGCUGUACAUGCCCUGAAGGAUGGACCGGACUGGCAUGUGAGCUGGAAUGUGCCCAAGGGCAGCACGGGAUGGAUUGCCAGCAGAGCUGUGAGUGCCACAAUGGGGGGCUGUGUGACCGUCAGACAGGCCACUGCUUCUGCCAGGCUGGCUGGACCGGUGCCAAGUGUGAGAGCCCUUGCCCCAGAGCCACGUUUGGCCAACACUGUGAGGAGGAGUGUGACUGUGGGGAUGGAGCCUCCUGCCAUCCCGUGACCGGUGUUUGUGACUGUCCCAGGGGCUGGCGGGGCCAGCACUGCGAGAGAGCCUGCCUGCCUGGGUCAUUCGGGAAGGACUGUGCUGGCCACUGUAACUGUCCCCCAGGAACUCCCUGCAAUCACAUCACUGGCCAGUGUGGCUGCCCACCAGGAUUCACAGGCCAUGGAUGCGAACGAUCCUGUCUGCCUGGGACCUUUGGGGUGAGCUGUGCUCAGGUCUGCCACUGCCCUGGUGUGAACCAGGACUGUGACCCCAUCACUGGGGAGUGUGUCUGCGCUCCAGGUUAUCACGGCCCCCAGUGCCAGCUCCGGUGUUCGCCAGGAUGGUACGGCUCCAACUGUGAGAGGCAGUGCCAGUGUAAGAAUGGGGGCCACUGCGCAACCACCACUGGGGCUUGUCAUUGUCUGGCGGGGUACAUGGGAGCUGACUGCAGCAUCAGCUGCCCUGCUGGUCGCUAUGGCAAGAACUGUGCGCAGCUCUGUGCCUGUGGACAAGGAGCGACCUGCCAUCCUGUGACAGGCACCUGCAUUUGUCCAGCGGGAAGAACCGGUCCCAGAUGUGAGCAAGCCUGCCAGAAGAACCGGUAUGGGGCUGGAUGCAAGCAGACGUGCACCUGCCAGGGCAGAGGGAUCUGUCAUGCAGCUGAUGGCUCCUGCCUGUGUGGCCUGGGGCGAACCGGGAUGUUUUGUGAACUUGAAUGCGCACCAGGGACGUAUGGUGCCAACUGCCAGCUGCACUGUGCCUGCCAGAAUAACGGGACUUGCGACUCAGUGACAGGCGCCUGCCACUGCACCAGAGGAUACUACGGGCACCUGUGUGAACACAGUUGCCCACCAGGCUUCCAUGGGCUGAGCUGCCAGGAGCUGUGCGACUGUCACAAUGGAGCCACUUGUGAUCCAGUGACUGGGCGGUGCCUGUGUCCUGCUGGCUUCUACGGUGCCCGCUGCCAAACAGGUUGUGAAGCAGGGAAAUAUGGGGAGGGAUGCCAGAGAACAUGUGACUGUGAAGGCAAUGUGCCAUGCGAUCCAGCCACUGGGCGCUGCCUGUGUCCUCCUGGAAAAACUGGGCCCAAAUGUGACUUGGACUGUCGCACAAAUAAAUAUGGCCCAGACUGCACCAUGACCUGUGACUGUGCCACACUCAACUCUCAUUGCAAAGCCCAGAAUGGCCAAUGCCUUUGUAUGAAUGGGUACAUUGGCCCCACCUGCCGAGAAGGUGGCCCCCCUCGUCUUCCAGCUGCUCAGCGGUCAGACGCGGAGUCAGGGGUACCCCAUAGAAGACCAUACCAUUCCCUCCAUGGCAUGUUCCAGCAUGUGCAUCAUUAAGCUACAUUGCCCAAAGCCAUAAGGAAAACCAUCACGGAGGAGUGAGUCACGAGUUGGCUAAGUGAGCCGCUAGCCCAUGUUGAAGACUUCCUUACCAGUUAACAUUUAACUACAGAGUAUUUUACAACAGAAUUAUGGAUCUGUUACUUUUAAAAAGCAAGCUUGAAGAUGUCUGUCCCUACCAAGUGCAAAUUAAAUCUUUGCUACAAGAAGGGAACGUAUCUUUAAAAAAAACCUGUAAAAACCUACAGGGCUGGAAACAGAUGAAACAGAGUUUUCAUCUUUGGUAGCACACAAUGCUCACAGACUUCCGGACACAAUUUGUUAUAUUUUAUGAUGUCCAAGCUGCAGCAGUGCAGACACGGUUGCUUAAUCCACUUGGCUAGAGGACUCCUGUGGCUCAUCUUGUAAUUGUUUUUAUACGAUUGUUUACCUGCUAUUAUAGUCAAUAAUACAUAUUUAUGUAAAGAUAUUUAUGGGAAGAUGUACAAAUAUGACUUCAUGCUUGAUAGCUAACUUGCCCUUGCUCUCUGGUGGCCAAAUAGAGCAUGGAGAAGAUGUACUUUACCACUUGAGUUCUGGACUUACGAUCCAUUUUUCCACUUUAAUUUACUGUUGGCCACUGGAAUAUGGCCACUGUUACACACGGGCCUAUACUAAAUAAAUGCAACAUCAGUCAUAACACUUGCUAGUGAAUUGUGGCACGUACUGCAAUUGACACUCGCAGGUGAGGGGUCCUCCGAGGGCUGUGUGAACUGCAAGUUAAACUCCUGAGCCCUGUCUUGUGUGCAACUGCUGCUCUUGGCAUCACAGGAUUCCAGGAGACACCGUCUUGUUUGUGAGUAUGAAGCUGUAAUAGUGGGUUGUACUAGGUGAGCAAGAGAGAGACUCAUUGUUUUAUCAAAUGAGCAAAUCAUCAUUCAUUAUAUAACCUGGUCUAGAUACAUUGCUAAACCCUGAUCACAUUUAAAAAGGCAAUCAAAAGUUUACAGAAGGCAAUUUUGCAUUCUAAGCCACUGCACAAAUUUACUACUGUACAUUGUCCCUCUUGACUCCUUGGCACAAGAAAAUUACAUUUUAGGAGAGAGAUUAACUUUGAGACUUAUUUGAUGAAGAAUGUAUAUAAUUCCUAUGUGUACUCAUGGAAAUUGAUGGAUUCCUAGUGCACAAUGUGGCAGUAUUAUGUCAGAAAUACCACAAAGUGGUAUCUGGCCUGGAUUCUAAUAAAAAUUGAAGGGAAAAUGGC